UAUAUCGUCAUGUAAUUGCUGGAACGUUGUAUCACACACAAUAAAAAGAUUUUUUCCGUCCCUAUCAGAAGAAAACUUCUGCAGCUUGUGUCAGUUUAAGUUAGUCGACCGAAGAAGGUGUAGGUCUACAAAAGCAAAGCCGGUUCCAGAGAAUAAAAUAUAUUAGCGUUUCCAAGAUGAAAACCCUAUUCACCCUUAUUGGGUUAGUAAUUUAUAUAGCAUACAGUAAUGGUGCGAGUCUCACAACCAACCAAGCGUUUGUGGUAUCCACGACUGCAGCACCUGUGGAGACGAGUAGCAGUGCAGAUGCGGAGCCUAAAAUUCCAAAAAUCUACGAAAUGCGUGUCGAAACAAACGUCUCAAACCGUUACGCAAAAACACUUAUCACCAGCAGAGUAAAAAACUUAGAUAUAAAAGCCCAAGAAGCGACUUUCUCCGUCGUAACUCCAGAUAAAGCGUUUAUUUCCAGUUUUGUCAUGGAAAUUGAUGGGAAAAAAUACGAAGCUUACGUGCAGGAAAAAGAAGAGGCAAAAAAGACUUACGAAGAGGCUAUUUCAAAGGGACAAUCAGCCGCCCACGUGGCUGCAAGCGCCAGGGAUUCCCACAGGUUUACCGUAUCCGUAAACGUUGAGCCUGAAAGUAAAGCUAUUUUCUACUUAACAUACGAAGAGUUACUGACAAGAAAAAGUGAAAAGUAUGAAGUUGUAUUAAAUAUUAAUCCAGGACAGCCGGUGAAAGACUUAUCAGUUCAGGUUAACGUUGUAGAGUCACGUCCUCUUAAAUUCGUAAAAGUUCCGUCUUUACGAACAGGCAAUGAAGUUUCCAAAAAUGAUCCUCAUUUAAAUCCAGAAGCUGAAAUCAAGAAAAUCAACGAGACAUUCACUAUUGUCAGCUUUUCUCCAGAUGUGGCUAGGCAGAAGGUCUUUGGAAGCAGCUUGGGUGGAAAAGAGGAAGAUGGGUUGACUGGUCAGUUCGUUGUUCAGUACGAUGUAGAGAGAGAUCCGCAAGGGGGUGAGGUUUUGGUUGACGGAGGAUAUUUUGUCCAUUUCUUCGCACCUGAUGAUUUACCUCCAUUAAAGAAACAAGUCGUUUUUGUUUUAGACACGAGCGGCAGCAUGUCAGGUAUAAGAAUCACCCAACUGAAAGAAGCGAUGGACAGCAUUCUUUCAGAGUUAAAACCCGAAGAUCUCUUCAGUAUCGUCGAAUUCAAUUCGGUGGUUAAAGUAUGGAAUAUUCCUGAAAAAAAAGUUACUUAUCAACUUGGCGACGACACAUACUUUUAUUAUGAACCGACAACUGAAAAACCAAAAGAAAAAAUUGAUCAAGUAUUGCCAGCGUCCUUCCAAGCAACAGCUGAAAAUAUAAACAAGUCAAAGGAGGCAAUUAAACAAUUUAACGCCAAUGGCGGUACAGAUAUCGAAUCGGCUUUAAAAAUAGGAUUGCAAAUUAUAGCAAAAACUCAAGGUACUAAUAAGGAUCAUCAACCUAUCAUUGUUUUCUUAACUGAUGGAGAACCAACAGUUGGGGAGACUAUUACUUCUAAAAUUACAUCCAAGAUCACCGAACUGAACAGUCACAAAGUUCCCAUAUUUUCCCUCUCAUUUGGAGAAGGAGCAGACAGGGCCUUUUUGCAAAAAAUUUCCUUAAACAAUCAGGGAUUUGCCAGGCACAUCUACGAAGCAGCUGAUGCUUAUCUUCAACUAGAAGACUUCUACAAGCAAAUUUCUUCACCGUUACUCUCCAAUGUUACAUUUAAGUAUGUAGAUAAUGUUGAAAAUGUCACCAGGACCGUUUAUCCUAUUUUGUUCCGAGGUGGAGAAAUCCACAUCGCUGGCAUCACCAAAGGAAACAUGGAGCUUCCUACAGUUGAAGGUUUAGGAAUCAAUGGGCCUAUUAUAUUAAAACCAAAAGUAUAUCAAUCAGCCGGAAGUUUAGAGCGUUUAUGGGCAUAUUUAACUGUUAAGCAACUGCUGGACCAAAGGGAAAUCGCCGAAGACAAAGAACCAGCAACAAGAGAAGCUCUAAAGUUGGCCCUGAAGUAUUCGUUUGUCACAGAUGUUAGUUCUUUGGUAGUAGUGAAGCCUAAUGCGAGUUCAACAGUUGGAACUGAAGAUGCGUCUAAAGUUCCAUCGCCUUUUUAUGGGAAUCAUAAACUUGGCUUUUUUGUAUCAAUGUCCACCUAUCAAUCUGCACAUUUUGGUGCUCCCAGUAGUUCGAGUUUUGCUCUUGGCGGUGGUUAUAGACAGAGAGUAGCACAAAUUGGUGUCCCUCUUAGUUCGAGUUUUGCUUUUAGCGGUGGUAAUAGACUUGCCUUGUUGGCACCGCAAUCAGCACAAUUUGCCGCCCCCAGUUCUGGUUUUGCUCUUAGCGGUGGAGUCUCGCACAUCUCUCGUCCUCAACCGCCUUUCCAUAACAGGCCAGUAUCACGGGAUGAGGAUCGAAUUGUAAUUGUAUCGGGAUCAGUAGGUGCUUUCGGCUCUCGUAGGAAAUCGGGUCGGCCAAGGAAUCGAAUUUCAUCGUCUAGAACUUAUAGUUUUAGCACAUCUAAAAAAGCUGGUGGGUAUGCCGUGAAUAUGUUAACAACACCAGCAGAUAUUCACUACUCAUAUGUACAACCAUCGCUCGUGAUGGAGGAGGAUGCAGAUGAAAGCAUUGGACUCUCAACAACACAUAACUUAAAUAUUCCUACUGCAAAUCCCACCAUUAAUAACUAUUUGCCGAGUAUCCCAUGGCUGAAAGAUGUACUAAGUGAAAAUGGCACUAUUACACUAGAUUCCGGUACUUAUUCGAUUGGAUUAAAUCAAACGUUACCAGACCCCAGUCUCAGCCCAGACUGUCCAAACAGUGAAAAUAAUUUACCGGGAAAAUGUACUUUGCUUGAACAAUGCCCGGUGAUUCACAAAACUUUGGUUGACUUUGUUACUUACAAAAAACACUCUUGUGUACUUCAGAGUUUUGCUGGUGUUUGCUGCCCUCUAAGUACCAUCACGCCAGUACCUUAAAUUUGUGCUUACUACAAAUUUUACUUUCAUAUUUAUGUAUUCAUGAAUUAGAUAAUUAGACAAAACUCGUUGCCUUUUUAAAUAAACAGUUAAACAAAAA